AUGUCCAAUCCUCCUCUGACGAUCACACCCCCCACAAUUGCACCUUCUAGCACUCCCCCAACGCCAGCAACUACGCCGCCUACUACUACAUCGUCGUCUUCUACUCCGACGACUACACCCAGCAGUACUACUCCUCCUUCUUCGUCGACCUCGCCGACCAGUGCUACUAGUACGACCUCAGCCUCGUCCGCGACGUCAACAAGCAGUUCUUCUUUGACGAGCUCUUCAAGCACCCAGACCAGCAGUUCUGCCUCGACUACUGCUCCUCCCACAGUAACAACAACAUCACCAACACCCACUCUUACUCCGUCUGCUUACACAUCAACCAGCGACGGUGUUGUAGUUACCAUUAUUACCUCCGUGACUGAAAAUGCCACUCCUUCUUCAACGUCCUCUGAUAAUGCUGCCACUACACCCAACUCGUUCUUCUCAAAUACUGGGGCUGUUGCCGGUGUGUUUACCGUCGUUGGUCUGAUCGUUGUUGCGAUUUUCAUCGCACUUGUGACGAACGCCGUUCGCCGUCGUCGUGCUCGGAAGUUUGACAGGGACGUUGCGGAAGCAGCCGCAGAGGCGGCUGCCUCUUCGCGUUCGCCGUUCGAUGAUUACACAUACUCUAACAAUGGCGGUUCGGGCGGCGGCGGCGGCGGAUAUCCCUACUCCGACACCACCCACGGGACUUUUACCCAGGCUCCGAUGGGUCUUCCCAAUGACACAUAUGGUAUGAGUGAGAUGACGCAGUAUGAUCCGUAUGCAGCUGGAGCAGUAUCUCUCGCCACCGCUGACGUGGGAAGGGCUCGGAGUAGGCAUGACAGUGAAACCCAGCGUACACCAGGUAUCGCUGGCGUUGGUGCAGGCAACCUUGCUCGUGAGCCAAGUCGCAGGACCCCAUACCAUGCUUUCGCUGGUCCUGGCCCACAGCCCCACGAGAUGUUGGAUCACACCCCUAGUGGGCGAUUCAGACCUCGCGGUAUGGAUUUGCUUGAAGGCGCUGGUCUGGCGGGAACUGGAGUUGCCGCCAUGACCGCUGCGAACAAUGGAGCAUAUAUUAACCGCCGGCCUUCGGAAUAUACCCGUCAGACACAUGGAAGUAUGCGCUCGCAGGGGCACUCGUCGAACGAGAACUAUGCUAUGCCCCUCCAGCCUGUAUACCAGCCACCCCCGCGGAAUGAUAGCCAGUUCGCAGAUGCAUAUACCGGGUUUGUUAAUGCACCAUCUCCUCAGCCUCUGAUGAAUCCUGGCGUUCCUAUUCCUCAUGAGACUUCCCCGUCGCCACCCCCUGGUCAGUCUCACGGUCUUGUCGAGGGAGAAGAUUACCACGAGGAUGGUCCUCCGCGUAUGAGUUACGCUGACGACGAGGAUUACGGUCAACACAACCGUGUACUCAGGGUUGCAAAUGAGUAG